UACGGUCACACUUGGCCCGAAUGUACAUAAACAAGUCCGAAAAAAAAUUAUAAAUCAUUUGCCUUAACAAUUCAAACCCAGCUAAAGUUAUAACAAAUUAAAAAAAUGUCGGCGAUUUCGGGACGUGCAUUGCAUUACGUGUUCAAGAUCGGAGAUCGGGCCAAAAACUCAUUUUUCUUUCGCCAAAUCUUGGGAAUGACGGUGCUACGGCAUGAGGAGUUUAAGGAGGGAUGCGAUGCCGCAUGCAACGGGCCCUACGACAACCGGUGGAGCAAAACGAUGGUCGGCUAUGGACCCGAAAGUUCGCAUUUUGUCAUUGAACUCACAUAUAACUAUGGAGUGAGCAGCUACGAAAUGGGCAACGACUUUGGCGGCGUAGUCAUACAUUCGAAGGACAUCCUUUCCCGGGCCGCCGAGCACUCGUAUCCUGUGAAGCAGGUGGCUGGAAGAGCGGGCAGUCUGCUCACCUCCCCCGAUGGCUACAAGUUCUUUGUGAUCGAUGAUCAGCCGUCCGCUAACUCCGAUCCCGUCCAAUCGGUGGAGCUGAAUGUGAGCGAUCUGAAGAACUCCAGAAAGUACUGGCACGAUCUGCUCCGCAUGAAUGUGCUCGAGGAGAGCGAAGGUAGCCUGCGUUUGAGUUACGGCGGAGAGCAGGCUUCGUUGCAGAUCACCCAGAUCGCAGAGCCGGUGAACCGAGCCAAGGCUUAUGGACGGAUUGCCUUUGCCAUUCCGACGGCCCAACAGUCGCCGCUUGAGGAGGCGGUGAAGGCCGCGGGCGGGGCUAUCCUGACGCCCCUGAUCACCCUGGACACGCCGGGAAAGGCCACCGUUUCGGUCGUCAUCCUUGGCGAUCCCGAUGGCCAUGAGAUCUGCUUCGUCGACGAGGAGGGAUUCGGAGCGCUGUCGCAGGUGGAACCAGAUGGCGCCCAGCGGCUGGACAAUUACAUCGGCAAGGAUCCCUUCCAGCAAAAGUGAUCGAUCAUCCCAGGCACCUUGAGCACUGAUAUUCGUACACACUCCUUUUGUAUUUGGAAUUUGUAUUGCUGUUAUAUGGUUAUUGGUUGUUAAAAGAUCUAGCCUUGAUGUUUCGCUCGAUUUUUUUCCACUUCUUGGCUAGCUAAAAUUUAGUUGUUUAGCUUUAUAUGGGCUUAGGGAAAGAUAUUUAAAUGUUGUAUACAUAAACUGUCGAUAAACUCUA